CGCCUCGGGCCCCCUCCUCGCCGAGCGCGCCGCUUCUCCGGGAAGGCUGAGCCUCGGCCGCGUUCUUCUCGUGUCAGCCGCCGUAGCUCAGUCGACUUGGGGCUGCUGAGCUCUUGGUCCCUGCCACCCUCACCCGCUCCGGAACCCCCCGAUCCUCCGGACUCCUCUGGUCCUGGCCCCGCAAGGAGCCCACCGCCUAGCUCCAAAGAAACCUCCGAGGGCACGUGGACCAAGGGAGCCCCUGUGAAGGCUGCAGAAGACUCCGCGCGUCCCGAGCUUCCGGACUCUGCAGUGGACCCGGGGUCCAGGGAGCCGCUGAGGGUCCCUGAAGCUGUGGCCCUAGAGCGGCGGCGGGAGCAGGAAGAAAAGGAGGACAUGGAGACCCAGGCUGUGGCAACGUCCCCCGAUGGCCGAUACCUCAAGUUUGACAUCGAGAUUGGACGUGGCUCCUUCAAGACGGUGUAUCGAGGGCUAGACACCGACACCACAGUGGAGGUGGCCUGGUGUGAGCUGCAGACUCGGAAACUAUCUAGAGCUGAGCGGCAGCGCUUCUCAGAGGAGGUGGAGAUGCUCAAGGGGCUGCAGCACCCCAACAUCGUCCGCUUCUACGAUUCGUGGAAGUCAGUGCUGAGGGGCCAGGUUUGCAUCGUGUUGGUCACCGAACUCAUGACCUCGGGCACACUUAAGACGUACCUGAGGCGGUUCCGGGAGAUGAAGCCGCGAGUCCUUCAGCGCUGGAGCCGCCAAAUCCUGCGGGGACUUCAUUUCCUACACUCCCGGGUUCCUCCCAUCCUGCACCGGGAUCUCAAGUGCGACAAUGUCUUUAUCACGGGCCCUACUGGCUCCGUCAAAAUCGGGGACCUGGGCCUGGCCACGCUCAAGCGCGCCUCCUUUGCCAAGAGUGUCAUCGGGACCCCGGAAUUCAUGGCCCCCGAGAUGUACGAGGAAAAGUACGAUGAGGCCGUGGACGUGUACGCGUUCGGCAUGUGCAUGCUGGAGAUGGCCACCUCUGAGUACCCGUACUCCGAGUGCCAGAAUGCCGCGCAAAUCUACCGCAAGGUCACUUCGGUUCACCAUCCAGGACCUCCUGGCCCACGCCUUCUUCCGCGAGGAGCGCGGUGUGCACGUGGAACUAGCGGAGGAGGACGACGGCGAGAAGCCAGGCCUCAAGCUCUGGUUGCGCAUGGAGGACGCGCGGCGUGGGGGGCGCCCACGGGACAACCAGGCUAUCGAGUUCCUGUUCCAACUGGGCCGGGACGCGGCCGAGGAGGUGGCACAGGAGAUGGUAGCUUUGGGCUUGGUCUGUGAAGCCGAUUACCAACCAGUGGCCCGUGCAGUACGUGAACGGGUUGCCGCCAUCCAGCGAAAGCGUGAGAAGCUGCGUAAAGCAAGGGAAUUGGAGGCACUCCCACCAGAGCCAGGACCUCCACCAGCAACUGUGCCCAUGGCUCCUGGUCCCCCCAGUGCUUUCCCCCCUGAACCUGAGGAGCCAGAGGCAGACCAGCAUCAGCCCUUCCUUUUCCGCCACGCCAGCUACUCAUCUACCACCUCGGAUUGCGAGACUGAUGGCUACCUCAGCUCCUCCGGCUUCCUGGAUGCCUCAGACCCUGCCCUUCAGCCCCCUGGGGGGGUGCCAUCUAGCCCAGCUGAGUCCCAUCUCUGCCUGCCCUCGGCUUUUGCCCUAUCCAUUCCACGUUCUGGCCCUGGAAGUGACUUUUCCCCUGGGGACAGCUAUGCCUCAGAUGCAGCUUCAGGCCUUAGCGAUGUGGGAGAAGGGAUGGGACAAAUGAGGAGACCCCCAGGGAGGAAUCUCCGGCGCAGACCCCGAUCCCGGCUGCGGGUCACUAGUGUCUCAGACCAGAGUGACAGAGUGGUUGAGUGCCAGCUACAGACCCAUAACAGCAAGAUGGUGACCUUCCGAUUUGAUCUGGAUGGGGACAGCCCGGAAGAGAUUGCAGCUGCCAUGGUGUAUAACGAGUUCAUUCUGCCCUCGGAGCGAGAUGGAUUUCUCAGACGGAUUCGGGAGAUUAUCCAGCGAGUGGAGACCCUGUUGAAGAGAGACACUGGCCCCAUGGAGGCUGCUGAAGACACCCUAAGCCCCCAGGAGGAGCCAGCACCAUUACCUGCCCUGCCCAUCCCCCUCCCAGACCCAUCCAAUGCAGAGCUCCAGAGCAGCAACUCCCUGGAGCACAGGAGCUGGGCAGCCUUCUCCACCUCCUCAUCUUCUCCUGGAACUCCUUUGUCUCCUGGAAACCCAUUUUCCCCUGGAACCCCCAUUUCCCCAGGUCCCAUCUUCCCCAUCGCUUCUCCCCCAUGUCAUCCCAGCCCUUCCCCAUUCUCCCCCAUUUCUUCCCAGGUCUCCUCAAAUCCCUCUCCACACCCCACCAGCUCUCCACUUCCAUUCUCCUCCAGCACACCUGAGUUUCCAGUCCCACUCUCUCAGUUUCCCCGGAGUUCUCUCCCCAUGACUUCUCCACCUACAUUCUCUCCCACUUGUUCUCAGGUCACUCUUAGUCCCCCUUUCUUUCCUCCAUGCCCCUCCACUUCUUCCCUCCCCUCCACCACAGCAGCCCCUCUCCUCUCUCUGGCUAGUGCAUUCUCACUGGCUGUGAUGACUGUGGCCCAGUCCCUGCUGUCCCCCUCGCCCGGGCUCCUUUCCCAAUCUCCUCCAGCCCCUCCUAGUCCCCUCCCUAGCCUGCCCCUUCCCCCUCCCCUUGCUCCUGGUGGCCAGGAGAGUCCUUCACCCCACACAGCUGAGGUGGAGAAUGAGGCCUCGCCACCUCCUGCUCGGCCUCUCCCAGGGGAAGCCAGGCUGGCGCCCAUCUCUGAAGAGGGAAAGCCGCAGCUUGUUGGGCGUUUCCAAGUGACUUCAUCCAAGGAACCAGCUGAGCCUCUUCCCCUGCAGCCAACAUCCCCCACUCUCUCCGGUUCUCCAAAACCUUCAACCCCUCAGCUUACUUCAGAGAGCUCAGACACAGAGGACAGUGCUGGAGCCGGGCCAGAGACCAGGGAAGCUCUGGCUGAGAGCGACCGUGCAGCUGAGGGUCUGGGGGCUGGAGUUGAGGAGGAAGGAGAUGAUGGGAAGGAACCCCAAGUUGGGGGCAGCCCCCCACCCCUGAGCCAUCCCAGCCCAGUGUGGAUGAACUACUCCUACUACAACAGCCUGUGUCUGAGCAGCGAGGAGUCAGAAAGCAGUGGGGAAGAUGAGGAGUUCUGGGCUGAGCUGCAGAGUCUUCGGCAGAAGCACUUGUCAGAGGUGGAAACUCUACAGACACUACAGAAAAAAGAAAUUGAAGAUUUGUACAGCCGGCUGGGGAAGCAGCCCCCACCGGGUAUUGUGGCCCCAGCUGCUAUGCUGUCCAGCCGCCAGCGCCGCCUCUCCAAGGGCAGCUUCCCCACCUCCCGCCGCAACAGCCUACAGCGCUCUGAGCCCCCAGGCCCUGGCAUCAUGCGAAGGAACUCCCUGAGUGGCAGCAGCACCGGCUCCCAGGAGCAGCGGGCAAGCAAGGGGGUGACAUUCGCCGGGGAUGUUGGCAGGAUGUGAAUUCAGAACAGAAGCCAUGUAUCUCCCCCACACCAGAGCCCACCAUGGAGCCUGUGUUCUCAGAAUCUGAUGCUUUUCUGACCAACACAACUGAGCAAGGAAGAUCCCAGCACUGAAGGGGUAGAAGGCCGGGGGGCAUGGAGAGUGCAGCUCCAUUAUAGUGAAGAGCCAAACAUAUGUGAACUGUUUGCUGUGUGGAGGUGUUAGUCCUGCAGCCUACCAUCUUCAUCUCUAGCCCCUCUCCCCUGCCAACAGUCAACCACUAAGCAAUCCCGCCCAAGCCCAGAUGCUUCUAGAGGGGCCCACUCCCAGCUGGGAGAGUGUAGGUGAUAUGCUCACACCACAUUAGCAGCAACCAAUAAAAAUCCUGGAAACAAG